UUCCCACCGCUGGAGAUGGAGGCAAACCCGCCGGGGGGCGGCGCCGGGGGCGGCGGGAGCAGCGGCCUGGGGGGUGAGGACGGGGUCCACUUCCAGAGCUACCCCUUCGACUUCCUGGAAUUCCUCAACCACCAGCGUUUCGAGCCCAUGGAACUGUAUGGGGAGCACGCCAAGGCGGUGGCGGCGCUGCCCUGCACCCCGGGACCCCCGCCGCAGCCGCCGCCGCAGCCGCCACCCCCGCAGUAUGACUACCCGCCGCAGGCCACCUUCAAGCCCAAGGCGGAGGCGCCUUCCUCAUCUUCAUCCUCUUCCUCUUCCUCCUCGUCCUCGUCUUCCUCCUCCUCCUCCUCCUCUUCCCAAGCCAAGAAGCCCGACCCUCCGCUGCCGCCCGCCUUCGGGGCGCCCCCGCCCCCGCUCUUCGACGCUGCCUUCCCUGCCCCGCAGUGGGGCAUCGUGGACCUGUCGGGGCACCAGCACCUGUUUGGGAACCUGAAGCGUGGCGGGCCGACUUCGGGGCCAGGGGUGACUCCGGGGCUGGGCGCACCCACGGGGGUCCCAGGACCCCUGCCUGCCCCGACGCAGACGCCGCAGACCCCCGCGGCUGCGGGGGCGGCCUGUGACCCCUCCAAGGACGACAAGGGCUACUUCCGGAGGCUGAAGUACCUGAUGGAGCGGCGCUUCCCGUGCGGCGUGUGCCAGAAGUCCUUCAAGCAGUCCUCGCACCUGGUGCAGCACAUGCUGGUGCACUCGGGGGAGCGGCCCUACGAGUGCGGCGUCUGCGGCCGCACCUACAACCACGUGUCCAGCCUCAUCCGCCACCGCCGCUGCCACAAGGACGCGCCCCCCGCCGCGGGGGCCCCGCCGCAGCCUGGCCUGCCGCUGCCCCCGCCGCCGCUGGGCCUGCCCGCCGCGCCCCCCGCCCCGGCCGCCGCGCCCCCAGUCUCCUCCGCUCCCCCAGCCACGCCCGCCGCACCCGCCGUCUCCGCCGAUGGCAAUGCGGGGCCCGUGCCCCCAGCCGCGACCCCCACCACGCCCGGGGGCGGCGAGGGCCCGUUCGCCUGCCCGCUGUGCUGGAAGGUCUUCAAGAAGCCCAGCCACCUGCACCAGCACCAGAUCAUCCACACGGGGGAGAAGCCCUUCUCCUGCUCCGUGUGCAGCAAAAGCUUCAACCGGCGCGAGAGCCUCAAGCGGCACGUGAAGACGCACUCGGCCGACCUGCUGCGCCUGCCCUGCGGCAUCUGUGGCAAGGCCUUCCGCGACGCCGCCUACCUGCUCAAGCACCAGGCUGCGCACGCGGGGGCCGGGGCGCCGCGGCCCGCCUACCCCUGCGACCUGUGCGGGAAGUCCUACUCAGCGCCGCAGAGCCUGCUGCGCCACAAGGCCGCGCACGCGCCGCCGCCCGCCGCGGCCGAGGCGCCCAAGGACGGGGCGGCCUCCGCGCCGCCGCCCGCCUUCCCGCCGGGGCCUUACCUGCUGCCCUCCGACCCGCCGGCCACGGACAGCGAGAAGGCGGCGGCGGCCGCGGCGGCCGUGGUCUACGGCGCCGUGCCGGUCCCGCUGCUGGGCGCGCACCCGCUGCUGCUCGGAGGGGCGGGCCCCAGUGCCGCGGCGUCGGGGGGCGCGGGCGCCGGCGUGCCCGGGAAGACGUUCUGCUGCGGCAUCUGCGGGCGCGGCUUCGGGCGCAGGGAGACCCUGAAGCGCCACGAGCGCAUCCACACGGGCGAGAAGCCGCACCAGUGCCCGGUGUGCGGGAAGCGUUUCCGCGAGUCCUUCCACCUGAGCAAGCACCACGUGGUGCACACGCGCGAGCGGCCCUACAAGUGCGAGCUGUGCGGGAAGGUCUUCGGCUACCCGCAGAGUCUCACGCGCCACCGCCAGGUGCACCGGCUGCAGCUGCCCUGCGCUCUCGCUGGCGCUGCCGGGCUCCCCGCGGGCCAGGGCGCACCGGGCGCCUGCGGGCCUGCCGGGGCCUCGGCCGCGGGGCCCGCCGAGGGGCUCAGCUACGCCUGCUCGGACUGCGGGGAGCACUUUCCGGAUCUCUUCCACGUCAUGAGCCACAAGGAGGCCCACAUGUCGGAGAAGCCGUACGGCUGUGACGCCUGCGGGAAGACGUUUGGCUUCAUUGAGAACCUUAUGUGGCACAAGCUGGUGCACCAGGCCGCGCCCGAGCGCCUGCUGCCGCCCACUCCCAGUGGCUCGCAGCCCUCCGACGGCGCGGGCGGCCCCGACGCAGCCAGCGUGCUGGACAACGGCCUGGCGGGGGAGGUGGGGGCGGCCGUGGCUGCGCUGGCCGGGGUGUCUGGAGGCGAGGACUCGGGCGGGACGGCCGGGGCUGGGGGCGGAGGGGGCAGCGGCUCGGGCCCUGAGCGCUUCAGCUGUGCCACCUGCGGCCAGAGCUUCAAGCACUUCCUGGGCCUGGUGACGCACAAGUACGUGCACCUGGUGCGGAGGACGCUGGGCUGCGGCCUGUGCGGCCAGAGCUUCGCGGGCGCCUACGACCUGCUCCUGCACCGCCGCAGCCACCGGCAGAAGCGCGGCUUCCGCUGCCCGGUGUGCGGGAAGCGUUUCUGGGAGGCGGCGCUGCUGAUGCGCCACCAGCGCUGCCACACGGAGCAGCGGCCGUACCGGUGCGGCGUGUGCGGGCGCGGCUUCCUGCGCUCCUGGUACCUGCGGCAGCACCGCGUGGUGCACACAGGCGAGCGGGCCUUCAAGUGCGGCGUGUGCGCCAAGCGCUUCGCGCAGUCGUCCAGCCUGGCGGAGCACCGGAGGCUGCACGCCGUGGCCCGGCCCCAGCGCUGCGGCGCCUGCGGCAAGACCUUCCGCUACCGCUCCAACCUGCUGGAGCACCAGCGGCUGCACCUGGGCGAGCGCGCCUACCGCUGCGAGCACUGCGGCAAGGGCUUCUUCUACCUGAGCUCCGUGCUGCGCCACCAGCGCGCCCACGAGCCGCCGCGGCCCGAGCUGCGCUGCCCCGCCUGCCUCAAGGCCUUCAAGGACCCCGGCUACUUCCGGAAGCACCUGGCGGCCCACCAGGGCGGGCGGCCCUUCCGCUGCUCCUCCUGUGGCGAGGGCUUCGCCAACACCUACGGCCUCAAGAAGCACCGCCUGGCGCACAAGGCCGAGGGCCUGGGCGCUCCCGGGACGGGGGCGGGCACCGUGCCCGGGAAGGACGCCUGACUGCGGCUUUCCCGGGCCUCCCGGCCGAUGACCCUCAGCAGGCUGCAGGCCACCGGGCUGGCC